AGGGCGGGAGGAGAUAGGCCUUCAAUGUUCUGUUUAAAAAAAACUGGAAGAAAAAAAGAAGCGAUUUAUAUGUUUUUUAUUGCACAGGCGACGGAAUGUAUUGUUGGAGAACGGAUCUAAGGGGGCAUCAAGAUGCAAAUGAGGGCGUGGCUAGGAGGAUUGUGACGUAAGAAUGAAAGGGGGGGAGGAUUAUACGGCCAUCGUCAUUGGGUUUGUCACAGUUUAAUAUACCACGAGGUGGAAUGAAUGGUUCUUCUUCAAAUGAACUUUCUGAAGAAAACGGUAAAACGUUUAGUUUAAGAAGUUGUUGCUUGAUUUUGGACAUAAGUGUUCGAGUGCUAAGAGACUUAUGAAAGAUUAAUAAACUUAAGUUUGCAAAUUGAGAUCUAAGAAGUGUGAUUGAAAAAGUUGUUGACAACUUGCACGAAGUUUUCAAACUUUUACGGGAAACUCGGAAGUUUAGAAAUAUUUUAUUCGUGGAACUUUCUAAACUUGCAUUGUAUGAGAAAUAUCAAAUUUCGUAACAGAUAUUAAAGGAUCCCACACUGAUUUUUUUAAUAAAAUAUCAUCUACAAACAUCACUUUAUAUCAAUGACGUGAACUUGAACGACGUCAAAACUCAUUCAAAAUCUAUCCUCAUUCAAAAUUCCAUCAAUCUUCCAUCAAAUUUCGUGAGCAUCCGACCAGGAAGCUGGAGUGGUGCGACGGAGGUCAGGACUUUUCUUAUUCUUACCAAGCCAUGCUGGCCAGUCCACAGCAGGCAGCCAGUACACCUUUCUCAGUCAAGGACAUCCUCAAUCUGUCAGAUCAAGCAGGAAUCAACCAGGCUCUGCUGUACGCGCAGAGCCUGGAAAAACUUUUUGACGACGGUAUGGAUGCAUUUUAUGUUGGAACUGGUGGAGGAACAUUGGUUACGUCAGCCUCCCCUACACCGUCAUACAUGUUUGGAGAUUUCGUCAACCAAAAUUAUCAACAAACUACACCUUUAACUUCUCCUCACGUCCAAAGUUUGUCGAAUUUAUGUCCACCAUUUUCUAGUGGAAGUCCGGGUCUAUUGAGUAGCGGGUAUGCUAGUGGAGGAGAAUACGGAGACCCCAAUAUGGGCUACAACAAUGUUGUCCUCAGGCAUUCGUCUAUCUGUUCAUCCACAGAUUCAGAAGAUAAAAAACCCAUAGUUUUGCAAACCAACAGUUACAACUCCACAAGCCCACCCAAUCAUUCAGAAUUCGGAUCUCCCACUCCAGAGCAUCAGAGCACCCGUGUCACCACUUCAACGACAAGCGUCACCAACAAUGCCGGGGGUGUCGUCAAAACCGAGCCGAUCUCCUCGUCCCAACCUCCCCGUCAACGAACCAGGCGAAAACCUCGCGUCCUCUUCUCACAAGCCCAGGUUUACGAAUUAGAAAGAAGGUUUAAGCAACAAAGAUACCUGUCAGCUCCAGAAAGAGAACAAUUAGCGAGUGUAUUAAAACUUACAUCCACACAAGUAAAGAUUUGGUUCCAAAACCGACGCUACAAAUGCAAACGUCAAAGACAAGAUAAAACAUUGGAACUUACCGCUGCUAAUUUACACCAAGCUAGACGCGUUGCCGUUCCUGUACUUGUAAGAGACGGAAAACCAUGUUCUUCAGCCUAUACGGCAGUAUCAACUGGUGGUAAUCCUGGAUAUUAUCCAUCACCAACGGCAGCUACAGUACCAACAUCCGGUUCAUCGUAUCCUGGUACAGUACCGUACUCUCAGAUACAACAAAGUUCCGGAAAUAACACAGCAAUGACAAACGGAGGUGGUGUUUUUGCUAAUAUGCAAGCUAUGCAUUCUUCCCCAAAUCUGAACAACUGGUAACUGGUUUUGGAACAGUAUCUUGUGUUGAUUAUUAGUGAUAAAGGUUUUAUUUUGAUGAAAUUUCUAGUUGAACUAGAAUAUUCGAACAAAAAAAAUUGGUAAAAUAAGCGCAUCCAUAGCUGUAUGCUGAAAAAAGAUACGUGCUGGUCACAUAUCUUUUCUUCAGUCGUCCACAGAUUAUAGAAUCUGAUUUAUUGGAACAAAAGAACUUUUGAAAUUGCUCUGCCUAAUUUCAAUUGAAAACAAAUAGGUAUUGUACUGGAUUAUGAGCAAAUACUGAACUAAGAAUGGAAUACUACGGUGUUCAAAAGUGAUUUUUAGGUGUUCAUAUUUUGUGUGAACUUUUUCAGAAAAUAAUAGUUCAAAGGGACUUUUUAUUAGUUGUGAAAAAAUUCUAGCUAGCCAUACAAAUAUAUACUCAGUAUGUCUAAAGUAAAUGUAAACAAAGCGUUGCCAAAGAUUUUAGACUGAUUUUAUUGUAAAGUGCAAGAUAAUGAGAUGUAAUUUCUCAUUUACGAGAAUUGUGUAAAUAGCACUCUUUAACCCUUUUUUAUUUUGUUGAAAAUAUCCUGCCAAAGAUUUUGAUGUUGUUAAAUAUUUAGUGAUGUUUUGGUGUAACAAUUUUAUGAAAUUGGCCAAAUAUUAAUAAUUAGAGUAGAAACUUCUCAAAAAGAAUGAAGAAGUUUUUGAAAAUCCGAAUGAAUAUAUAUCCUUAGAUUUUAUAGUUUUAUUUCGCUUAAAAAUGAUCAAAGAUUUUUAAUCAUCUAAGUUAUGUUAGUAAAAUAUUUAUAUUUUCUAUUAAAAGGCAUAAAGUCUUAGCA